AUGUCUGAGAAGAAACGGUCAUUACGGCCAAUCGCCUUUGCUGCAGUUACAUUCUCAGCAGUCUCAGUUAUGUGUUGUGUAAUCACGUUACCGAUCGUCUACAACCAUGUGCAAAGUGUGCAUUCAUUAAUGCAGAAUGAGGUCGAUUUUUGUAAGACUCGUUCGAGAGAUAUGUGGCGAGAAAUUGUUCAACUUCAAGUUAGCACAGCACCAGUUAGAAAUCUCCGUUUCAAAAGGCAGUAUGAUGCUGAAAGCAUCGAAACAAAAUACAGUGCAGGUGGCACUUGCUGUACAUGUCAAGUUGGACCUCCUGGUCCACCAGGACCGCCAGGAAGAGAUGGCAGGCCAGGUGCUCCUGGACGACCGGGCAAUCCAGGUCCACCUGGUCGUGAUGGAACGCUUCUACCUGGUCCUCCUCCAAAGCCACCUUGUCAGAAAUGUCCGCCAGGUCCACCGGGCCCACCAGGGCCUCCAGGUCCAAAAGGUCUGCCUGGGCCACAAGGAGACGCUGGAAAUCCUGGAAUUGAUGGCGCACCAGGGCUACCAGGGCCACCAGGACCUCCAGGACCGCAAGGUCCGCCCGGAAUUCCAGGCGAAAAAGGACCGCCAGGCGAACCAGGAAAAAUAAUCAAUGGCGCGCCACCAGGCCCUCCAGGCCCACCAGGUCCACCAGGCCCACAAGGGCCUCCCGGACCACCUGGACGAGAUGGUCAGCCUGGUAGACCUGGACCGCCUGGACCACCAGGAGAUCCCGGAGAAAAAGGAGCAGACGGUUUACCGGGCCCACCUGGUCCUCCAGGACCCAGAGGACCACCUGGCCAGCCUGGUUCGUGUGAUCAUUGUCCUCCUCCACGGACGGGACCAGGCUACGUUCAUCGCUGA